UUAACGACUUCGUAACUAGUGACUCUGUACUUCGCCAAAAUUGCUUCGUGAGCGCAUCGAAAACUUAGUUUUUCUUGCAAAUAAUGUUUAAAAUUUCUUGCUGGCUAUAAUCGAGUUGUCAUCCGCUGUAGUCAACAUCUGAGGCAUUUAAAGAUAUGUCGAAUGCCAGUAAAGCGCAGUAUCGUCUACCCACUGUAAAAGAUGGUCGCCGUAAUGUUACUCUGGCGAGUCGCGGAACGCUGGACCACAGAUUCGACCAUAUACCUUUUCCAUUGCCGAGUGACGGCUUAUGUAUGAAGGGAUUGCUUGUGGAUCGGCAGGUUCUUCUCUUUGACGAGGCGCAGUGCGCAUUCCUCCGAUUUAAACGGGGGUUUUUCGGCAAUUUUGUUAGCGGUGGUGCACAACAGUCGCACGCGGACAACAACAACUGCGUCAAAAAAAAGCCGAUCCAGAAUGAUUCUGAAAUCACGUAUUCAUCCCAGACGGACCCGUUUCCACCGCCUUCUCAAACCAGUCCCGUUGCCAGCCUGAACCUUUACGAAGCGUAUUUUCUAUGUUAUGCGUGCGGAGUUUUGGAAGUGUGGGAUUAUCGAAAUCAGCAGAAAAUCUUGCGGCAACAUCUCAUGCGCAUUUUCACUGCGCUGGAUCCUUUGUUUCCAUACUUUUUUGCAGCAUACUUUCAUUUCCGUAGUAAGCUGUACGUUAUUCAAUCCGGACUGAGGUUCGCUAGUGAUUUUGUUUUAUAUGAAUACGGUCCAUCCAAGACACAUUCGCUUUAUGCCGUAUACAUCGUUAUCCCCGGGCUGAGAGAUGGCGGACUGUCGGUGCUGGAUACGAUGCAACGAGCUGCCAAUGCUGUUAAAAAAGAUGUAUUGAUGGUCGAGGUGGCCAACGGGAACCGCUCGGCAGAUCAGCUUUUGCAACCUGAUUGUUUCCAGUACUUUCAGAUAACAGAAGUUAUUGUACGGCGACGUGAAACGAUACUGAAUCCUAAAGGCACUGCAGAGUGCAGAACCGACGGACAUGGACUGAAUACAAUAGCCGAAAAGUCGGUAUUGGAAAAUGCCGAUACCAGAAGUAGUGACGGUAAAGGAAUGAGGAAUGGAAAUGCAUCCUUGAGUCGGAAACCUGGACUUCGUGGAAUAAGAUUUAGAGGAAAGGGUCGCAAACGUGCCCACCAUUUUUAAGAUCGUUAUGCCCUUUUCCUACGACAUGGCGAGUCGGCGACAGAGACAAUCCUUGGUCUUUCUAACUUGUAAAUUAAUGUUCGAAUUCCAUUUUUCGUUUUUAUUUUUUAAUCGAAAUCGGGCAGAUGCUGGAAGUGCGGAUAUUGUCGCACCGGCUGCAUUGUUGGAUUAUCUUUGGUUGGGUUGUUGUUAUACGUGCUUACUUGAGGUUUUGGAAAGAAAAGUUUCUAACAUUGCGGUAC